CCAAGACGGAUAUUGAGGUUGAGAGCAUAUUGUAACACGAAUACAUGCUUUAAUGUUAAUUUGAAGAGGUGCUGCCAUCCAAAGGUUGAAAAACAAACAAAUGGAAAACUACACUUCAAAUAGAACAGAAGUUCUGUCGGAGGGUACUGAUGAAGAGAACCCUGGCGACAAUGGGGUGCGCGUGCUUAUUGGGUGCGUUUUGUUUCUGCUCAUUGUAUCAACAUUGUUGGGGAAUACACUUGUAUGUGCCGCCGUCGUUAAAUUCAGACACCUACGGUCCAAGGUAACAAACUUUUUCGUAAUUUCUCUGGCGGUGUCUGAUCUGUUCGUUGCAGUCCUAGUGAUGCCGUGGGAGGCCAUUUCAGAGGUGACCGGGACAUGGCUGUUUGGAAGGUUUUGUGGAAUCUGGAUAGCUUUUGACAUAAUGUGUUCCACUGCAUCUAUUCUGAACCUGUGCAUUAUCAGCGUCGAUAGAUACUGGGCCAUAGCAAGCCCUUUUAAAUAUGAACGGAAAAUGACUCACCGAGUUGCGUUUAUCAUGAUUGGAGUGGCAUGGACACUGUCUGUUCUCAUUUCCUUCAUACCUGUCCAAUUGAACUGGCACGUGUCUGAGGAGGACACGUUGGCUGCGAACUUCAGUAACCACUCUGAGAAUUGUAAAGCGAAUUUGAGCAAGACAUAUGCUAUAUCUUCCUCUUUAAUCAGUUUCUACAUACCAGUGGUUAUCAUGAUUGCCACUUACACGAGAAUCUAUCGUAUUGCGCAAACACAGAUACGCAGGAUAUCGUCAUUGGAGAGAGCCGUGGAACAGGCGCAAAAUAACCACCACCCAAACGACUGCGCAAACGAAAACUCAUUGAAAACGUCUUUUAAAAAGGAAACCAAAGUUUUGAAGACCCUCUCGAUUAUAAUGGGAGUGUUCGUGUUUUGCUGGCUGCCCUUUUUCGUCCUUAACUGCAUGGUUCCUUUCUGUGACCCCCCGUGCGUAAGCGAAACCACAUUCACUAUUUUUGUUUGGUUUGGUUGGGCAAACUCUUCACUCAAUCCUGUGAUUUAUGCAUUCAACGCGGAUUUCAGAAAAGCUUUUACAACUAUUCUGGGCUGUAAUAAAAUCUGCUCGAGCACAACAGUGGAGACAGUAAACUUUAGCAACGAAUUAGUAUCCUAUCACCAUGAUACGACGCUUCAGAAAGAUGCACACGUUUUGGUGGCUGCACAGCAUCCACACGCUGUCUCCAACGCCGGAGAGAACACCAACCCACCGUUCGAUAAAGUCUCUCUCAUCUCAAACACAUCCCUUGAUCACAAGAACCUGCUUCUGCCCGCUAUUGUCCAGUUUGAGUGUGAUGGCGAGAUAUCACUAGAUACCAUAACGCCCUUUACCUCGGCUGGGGCUAUGGAAUGCGACGCACUACUCUGCCAAAUCCAUGACUAA